AUUUCCUCCUUUUUCUACCUCUUUCUUAACAUGAAAAGGUCAAUUAUUAUAAAUUGCCCAAUUCACAUACUCACCACCUACUCUUCCAUUUUCCUUCAAAUACACUUUAACAAUUAUAUUUUACUCUUUCUUUCUUUUACAUACAUGCAUAUAUAACUCCAUACAUUUAUGUGCAUGGAGUAGAACAAAAAUCAAGGAAUCAUAUAAUUCAUAAUUACACCAAAUUCUUUUCUUGCCAUGGAAAACUCAAAUAAACCAAGGAGUUUAUUUCUCAAAUUCUUACCAAAACCAGCUUCAGCAGCAAGCUUUCAAAGCAAUAAUAAUGCUCAUUUUAGCCCUGGAAGGGAUCAUCAUCACUACAACCACCACAACAACCACCACAACAACCACCACUCCUCCACCAAGCUUAAAGCCCAUGCACACAAGGGCUUUUCGGGCCCAAUCAACUUCUCCACUCUACCCGACGAGGCCCGAACAAAGCCCAACAAGGAUGGAAGUUUCGAGGCCCAUGAGCCCACCUCACCAAAGGUCUCUUGCAUGGGGCAGAUCAAGUACAAGCACAAGAAAAAGAAGUUGAUGAAAAAAGCUUCUAAAAAUAGUAUAAACACAAAAUCUGAUCAUCAGCAAGUCAAGAAAAGUAGCUCCGCAAUUAGUAAGUUUUUUAACAGAUCAUCAUCAUCGAAAUUUGAUAAGAAAUCUACGGCUGUGCCUUCUUUGGGACAUGGUAAGCAUGGUAGGAGAGAUACACUGGAUCAUAAUUCUAGUAAUAAUAAGAUCACAUCAACGGCUAUGGUGCCUUCUUUGGGACAAAUGAAUAAAUUUGCAAGUGGGAGAGAAUCCUUAACUAACUUUGAUUGGACGGCUCAGAUCGCACCGUUAGAUCAUGAUCGAGAUUAUUACUCUGAUGAUGAUGAUCAUAGAAGAGAUCAUAGUAGUGAUGAUGAUGAUGAUCAGAGGGAGGUAAUUAUCCCCUACUCUGCACCUAUGUUAUUAGGUGGAAGAUCAUCAAUUGAUCAUGAUGAUCAUGUGAUGGGUGGGUUAUGUUUAGAACCAAGGAAAGAAGUCAAUCUUUGGAAGAGAAGGACUAUGGCUCCACCUGUUCCACUUGCAUUGAAAUCCAAAGGUUAGAUAAUGAGAUUAUGUUAAGUUAUAGAGUUAUUAUUAGUUACUUGUAAUAUAUAAUUAAUUACCUUCAUGUAUUUGAUCCGAACUUAUGAUUAUUCCAUGUGUAUAUAUAUUUGGAAAA